AUGUUGCAGUCAGACGCCGACAACUACUUCCAGACCUCGGACUCGGUCGCCGAACAGAAACGCAGACAGGCCAAGGCCGACAACAAGAAUGGCAGCCCCAUCGCCCUGACCUCCAAGAUCCUCGCCAUUCAUGCCGACCCACAAGACCCGGAUGCCGUCUACAUCGCCGAGGCUGCUGGCACCGCGAGACGCGUCGUCCUCGAAUCAUCCGUCUACACAGGCGCCGCUGCUCCCCUGACAUCUCUCACCACCCUGAGAUUACCAUCAGCCGAGCCCAUCAUCUUCGCCGCAUGCUGGGACAAAACCAUCCACUCAUGGAACCUCAAAACUCGCAAGCCCCUGCGCCGCUACACCGGUCACUCAGACUUUGUCAAAUGCGUCCUCGCAACUGAGCUGUCUGGAACUCCCAUACUACUAUCAGGCUCUGCAGACUCCACCAUCAUCGUAUGGAACGUCGAGACGGGCAGAAAGAUCCACACACUCAAGGGCCACGCCCGCGCCGUCCUCGAUCUCGCUCUAGAUCCUGCGGCAACCACAAAAGAUGAACUCUGCCUUUUCAGUGCCGACACUGUGCGCGAUAUCCGCAGCUGGAAGAUUACUCUCGACAGCGCUAGUGACAUGCUGGCGGCACCACUGCGACCUCACGAGACCUCAGUCAACCGUCUGCGUUUCGAGGACUCGCUUGUUGUAGAUGCCGAUGAUGCCGACGCUGAUGCAGACCUCUGGACCGCAUCCUCGGACAAGACUGCUCAGAGACUGGUUCGCUCGCGCGAUUGGGCCACAGAUACCACACUGCCUCAUCCCGACUUUGUACGAGACAUUGUCAUUGACCAGCAAGCUGGAUGGGUUGUCACUGCGUGUCGUGACGAGGAAGUACGUGUUUGGAACUCCGCUUCUGGAGAGUUGGCCUGUGUAUUCAGUGGCCAUUUCAACGAGGUCACUGGCCUUGCCUUGAUGCCUCCUGCUCAGGGCAGUAGAGCCAGCCGUGUCGUCAGUGUCAGCAUUGACGGUACGCUUAGAGUCUGGUCUCUCGAUCCUGCAGAAAUGAAGAAAGCCAAGGAGGAGUACGAGCGCCAGCAGAAUGGCAUCGAGGUCGAAGAGGAGCCUGCGGUUAAGAAGGAGAGCAUGCUCACGGCAGAAGAGGAGGCCGAACUGGCUGAGUUGAUGGACUCUGAUGACGAGUAG